UUCGUGUGGAUCCGAUUUGUUCGCAUCUCGACUCGUCUCCCUUUCCUUGCCGCUGCUGCUGCCCUUAUUAGGGUUUCUCUCCGAGUAAGAAGAGGGAGGAGCUACCUGGAGCAGAGCGAUGGCGAUGCACGUGGGGAUGGGGCUUUCCAAAGUACUGUUCUUGGUCGGAGCAGGGUUUACUGGCUCGAUCUUGCUGCGCAAUGGCAAGUUGUCCGAUAUGCUGUCGGAGCUUCAGGAAUUGGUUAAGGGGUUGGAGAAAUCAGCGGAGAAAGCAGGUGUUGAUCCUGAACAUGCGGAUGCAGUUGCUUCGCAGGUGCGUAGGUUGGCCAUGGAGAUUCGUCAACUUGCGUCAGCACGUCCAAUAACUGUUCUGAAUGGAAAUUCUGGCUCAGGAAAUAUGGCAUCACUUGUAGUGCCAGCUGCAACCCUUGGGGCAUUAGGCUAUGGUUACAUGUGGUGGAAAGGCAUCUCCUUGUCUGACCUUAUGUAUGUUACCAAACAUAACAUGACUAAAGCAGUUGCAAGCAUGACAAAGCAUCUCGAGCAAGUUUCUGCUGCUCUUGCUCAAACUAAGAAGCAUCUGACACAGCGAAUUGAGAACUUGGAUGGAAAAUUGGAUGAGCAAAAGGAGAUGUCUGGUGAAAUAAAAAAGGAGGUAAUUGAUGCUCGUGGAAAACUUGAUAAUAUUGGGCUAGAAUUGACUACCCUCCAACAACUGGUUUGGGGUCUGGAUGGGAAGAUGAAUGCCAUCGAGGACAAGCAGAAUUUUGCAUGUGCCGGCGUGAUGUACCUCUGCCAGUUCGUUGAGGGGAAGGGUGGAAAAAUGCCUGAUUAUCUAGUGGAUGGCCCCAAGAAUGCUGGGAAACGUGGUUUUCUGGGAUCCGGGGAGGCUAGAAGUUUGAAGGGUUUGCAGCACAUAGCAGAGGUUAUAGAAUCUGGAAAUUUUGACCAGACCAAGACCGAAGCAAUCUUCCAGAAUGAUACCGACUCAUCAGUGAUAACUUGAAGGACUUGUCCAGAACUACUUCUCUCGAGUGCUGAGGUGAUGUAGUUUAUGGAGGAAUACUUGAUGACAGUUUAUUUCUUAGAUGAGUCUAUACGAAGGGGGAACUCGAGAUGACCUUAUGAGAACCUCUACUUAGGCCGUAUCCAUUGCUUGUGAGAAAUGGGAAGUAUGUUAACUAUCUCUUAGAUAUGUAAAUAAGUAUAUUAUCAGUCCUUUGUUUCUAGAUAUUGCCUUGGGUCAACACUCGAAGGUUUCAAAUGUGCAAAGCAUAGUUGCUUUGACUCUUGAACAAGUCAACUAGGUUGUUGGAGUCAUUAAUCAUAAAAGAAAUUUGACGUUGUGGUUCUUUGUUUGAUCAGUGAACAAUUAUCUUAUUUGCUGA